AUGCGCGUCGCCGCGCGCGCCCCCAUCGCGCACCGCACCACACACGUCGUCGCUCGACAUCGCCGGAGCUCUCAGAAACGUCCAAACGAACGCGGGAUCACGACGAAAUCUACAACGAACGAGGAUGACUCGACAUCAUCACAGUCGAACGAAAACAACGGAUUACCGGUGAUCGAGGCUUCGUCGACGCUGUACGAGACGUUAAACAUCCGCGAAGGGGCUUCCGAACGCGAGAUCCGAAGCGCGUUUCUGAGCAUGAGCAAGAUGUACCACCCGGACGUGCGACGGGCGAGCGCGCUCGACGGUUCGAUGAUUCGCGUGAACGAAGCGUACGAGACGUUGAUCGAUGCUUCGCGGAGACGUGCGUACGACGGUGAACUGCGAAAAUUGCGAAUGAAAAAUGGAUCCAAAAGCGGACGGAGAGGCGAUGGGGUAACGGCGGUGACGCAGGGAUUGGUCGGGCCGAUUGUUUCGGACGUCAUGGCUAGUCUGGACGUUUGCGACGCAAACGAGUGCGCGUUAGAUAUCUCUGAGAACACCGCGGACGCGAUUCGACAGUGGGCGAAGACGUUGGCGUUUACGUCUGAGCUGCCGUUACCGCUACCACUGUCGGUGGACGAUCUCCCGACGGGAGCACGGUUGGCGUUCAUGCGAUACGACUCUAGCCAAGGCUUGCGUGAAGCGGGAGCCCUCACCAUGGAAGUUCGCGAAGACGACACCGGAGCCAGAGUCGAGGUGAAACGAACCUUUACGAAAUCGUCCGAGGCGGCGAGAGGACAGAUUCCUGGUGAGGCGAGGGUGAUGCAGUCGUUUAUUGAUGAAUUUAGUUUUCUCAUAGCCGACGACGACUUACCGCAGGCGGCGACAAACGCGCAAGCGCGCAAUCUCGGCGGACUCGGAAGCGCGCUCGCCGCCUUCUUCCUACCAGGUUUACCAAUGUUUGGCGCGACGAGAACCGCCCCGGGAGGGGCGUACCAGGCUUACAAGCUGAGACGAGACGCCAAGCACAUCGAAUAG